AUGUUGGAUAGCCUGCUUAAAUUCACUGCACUGGGCAUAAGCACAUAUGUCGCUGAUGCGGCGGCGAUGGGUGCGCGACACGCAUCCGAUUCGCAAACGCCGAUGAACAGCAGACAGACUUUUCGUGAGGCAUCAAUAUUUCGACCGGGGCAUGAUGUCGUCGGGGCUGCAGGGUCGGUACCCCCUGAAUUCCGCCUAUACGACAACUUUGGCAAGCAGAAUUCGAUGCCAGGGAUCGCAACAUUUGCUCACCUGAACUGGACCAACUGCUUCGCUCCUGAGAGCGACCACACAUUCGAUGUCGGGAUCGUAGGUAUGCCUUUCGAUCUGGGAGUGAGCUAUCGCCCAGGCCAGCGGUUUGGACCUGCAGCAGCAAGAACAGUCUCUCAGCGGAUGGCACCAUUCAUCUCCUAUAGUAUGGCUCAUGAUAUGAUGAAUCCAUUUCUGGACUGGGCAACGGUGGUCGACUGUGGAGAUAUCCCAAACUCACUCUUCGACAAGUACGAGGCUGUACAGGAACUCGGCCAAGGCUUGCAUCAUAUGGCGUCCCGAAACCCCAAAGCAGCAAAAAAGGGAGACCACGUCCGCCUCAUUACUAUCGGCGGCGACCACACGAUCACGCUGCCUUCCUUACGAGCCCUCUAUCCGAUCUGGGGUGAGAUGGCCGUCAUCCACUUCGACGCACACCUUGACUCGUGGAACCCCCGACAAUGGGGCGGCGGCAUCAACAAGUACGAUGAGCUCACCCACGGCACGCUGCUCCAUUUUGCCCACGAAGAAGGCUUGCUCAAGAACAACAGUGGUAUCCACGUUGGCACCCGGGCUCUCCUCUUCGACCGCACCGAAGACCUCCGACACGAUGCUGAGUGCGGUUUCGAAUCCGUCAUGGCAACUGAGAUUGACCGAAGCGAUGUGGGCAUCGAUGGUGUCAUCAAACGGAUCAUAGGCCGGGUGGGUACGGAGACUCCCGUCUACGUGACUAUUGAUAUUGAUGUUCUCGACGCCGGUGAGUUCGAUUCCAAGUUUAACCCUUUUUAUUUGGGUGGAAUGGCUGAUAUUGAGUCUGCACAGCGUUUGCCCCGGCCACAGGAUGCACCGAGAUAG